UACUUACAACGUCAACGAAAAAAAAAUAUUUUAGUGAUAAAUGUUUGAUAAUAAUAAAGUUAAGUAAUGAAUUUCUGAAUUAACAGUUAACAGAAACUUAAUAGAAUUCACGGAAUUAUUUAUCUGGUUUAAGUGAUAAUUAUUAAAAAACUUAAAUAAAAAAAAUUACUACAAUAAAAAUAGUGGAUAAUUUUAAUUUACUCAAUUAAUGAUUUUAAUUUUCCGACAUGAAUUCGAUCAGGAGUAUUUUCUUAACUAAGCAACGACUUUUUAUUCACCAAAUUAAACAUAAAUCUUCAAUUCCAAAAGUGGAAGAACUAAAAGAAAAAAUUAAAAUGAAAACUCCAAUUGGUAGACUUGAUGAGUUAGAAGCUGGUAAGCACCCAUAUCAAGAAAAGCAACCACUAGAUGAAUGGCCCAAAGGACGUAACCCAAUAACAGGAGAAAAAAAUGGCCCUAAAGGACCUGAACCAACAAGGUAUGGUGAUUGGGAACGAAAAGGAAGAGUUACUGAUUUUUAAUCAAUGUAAUAAAUAAAUUAAAAGUAAUUUACAAAAUAAGAAACUUUAUUUGAACCUUUAAAAAAUGUAAUUGAAAAAUGAAAUUAAAAAUUAUAAGUAAAAUAAAUAUAAACUAAACAUUUA